AUGGCGGGGACACGGAAUUACGACUUUCUGAUCAAACUCCUUCUCAUCGGAGACUCUGGUGUAGGAAAGUCCUGCUGCCUGCUCCGUUUCAGUGAAGACUCUUUUACCCCAUCCUUCAUCACCACCAUCGGCAUCGACUUCAAGAUCAGGACAAUAAAUCUCGACGGCAAGAGAGUAAAACUCCAGAUAUGGGAUACUGCCGGGCAGGAGAGAUUCAGAACAAUCACCACCGCCUACUACCGCAAUGCCAUGGGAAUCCUACUCGUAUAUGAUGUCACUGAUGAGCGAUCAUUUAAGAACAUCCGGACUUGGUUCUCCAACGUGGAACAGCAUGCCAGCGAGGGAGUGCACAAGAUACUAAUCGGAAAUAAAUGUGAUGGAGAAGAGAAGCGCGCUGUGACUGUGGAGCAGGGACAGCAGCUCGCCAACGAACUCGGCAUCCCUUUCCUUGAGGUUUCUGCCAAAAACAAUAUCAACGUUGACAAAGCCUUUUACAGCCUCGCUACCGAGAUAAAGAAGGAUAUGGAUGUGUCCAAGGCAGAACAGGCCGGCUCCCAGGGCGUCAACAUAGACAACCAAAAUGGGACCGGGGGCUCCCUGGGGAAGUCUUGCUGCUAG